AUGGAAAUUCAAAAACGUAUUCAACAACGGUUAAAAACUAGAACCGAUACUACAAGCAGACCAACACCGAGGACAUAUCAACAACUUCCUCAUUUUCUACAACAAGUUCUCCCCGAUAAUUACACUUAUAUUAUUAAAUCGUAUAAAGAAUUAGAAUUAGAAAAUUUUCCUGGUGCACCUACGGCUGCUUUCGAUUCAACUUUUUACGUGAAUAUUGCCUCAAGUGAAGCGAUUGAAGAAUGGCGCUCUGCAUUUCAUAACAAGACAGGGACCAUCUUUCGUAUCACUAGAGCUGAUAAAGUAAAAGGCAUUAAAGUUAUAUAUCAUAAAGACUUUCAUUGUAGACAUGCUGAUAUCGCUGCUAUAAAGUAUAUGCAAAAAACUUAUGCUCAGAAAGCCGGUCAACGAAGAAGUCGAAAUACAAAUUGUCAAUGUUUGGCAAAAAUUCGAUUGGAAAAAAGCAGGCUUCAACUUUCACACCCAUGUGAGAUCCAUCUCGUUUAUAAUCAUAAUCAUCCUUUGGAAACCUUUAAUCUCGCACCCGCCACUCCAGCCACUCCGAUCGAAGUCGGAUCGCCGGGAAAUGACAAUAGUGGAAAAGAUACACCACAAGAUUUCGACUUUGAUUCCCCGAUAAAAUGCGAAGUUGAUAUUUUGAAAGGAGGGGAUGCUGAAUAUUGUAAAGGAAUAAUUAAGUUUAUGGCAAGUCACAAAAGAGCAAGAGCUCAUUCUCUCUCUCAUGCGGCUUCUUUUCUUAAUCAAUUCUCUUGGCCUGAACCUACCAAUAUACAACAAGAUGGUCACCAAAUUCAAAAUUUUGGAAAUCCUCAAUUUAUCUCAUAUCCUUAUCACCAUCAACAGCAAUUCACAAGCGUUCCGGUUCAAUUUUCUGGUAUUGCAAGUGAACAAUUUUUACCACAACAAAUUGCCUCAAUGAAUGAAACUAAUUUUGACACGGAUGUAAGACCAUCUCUUAAACGGGCCGCUACCGAUCAACCAAUGGCACGAGAUAUUGAUCCACACACUUUAUUACGCAAAAGAAGAUCAACAAGUGCAAAAAUGAGGCAAAACGAUAAUAUCAUUUUGAAUUUAUCUCAACAUAUGUAA